AGGCGGUCCCAGGCUGGUAGGGCGGAGCCCGCCGCCUCCAGCCUUGACUGCGGGACUCAACCCGCUCCAGAGCACAGCUGAGCCGAGCCCACCUGUCCAGGUCCCCAUCCCAGCCUUGGCAAUGACCCUGGCGGCUUCCUCCCAGCGCUCCCAAAUCAUUCGCUCCAAGUUCCGAUCUGGCCAGGCUCUUGGACACUCCCUUCCCGCCUUUCUCCUCCCACCUCCCUCCACAGUCCUCCAGCUUCGGAUCCACAGACGCUAUCAGGACACGAGCCUCUCAGGGUCCUUUGCUGCCUCUGCAUUCUCGGAUCCAGAUCCAUGGAUCUCAGCCGCAGACCCGGCUCUGGCUCCGGCCCCAGCCUCACCCUUGAGCCCAGCGCCUUUCCUCUUCAGCCCUGGGGUCCUUCUCCCUGAGCCAAAACACUACCCUUGGCGGUCCCUGAAGAAGGAGUCUCCCAAGAUCUCCCAACAUUGGAGGGAGCCCAAGCCCAAGGAGCACUUGACAUACCACCAGUACAUGCCCCCAGAGCCGAGACAAGGGUCCAGGGCAGACCCCCAGGCUGAAGGGCCGGCCUUGGGUCCCCCUGGACCACCUCCAUGGGAAUGGACAAACUCACAGCAGCCACCUCCUAGGAUGAAGCCCAGUCCCCUCACUCCCUCCCCACCAGGACUCCCCAGCCCCUCGCCCUCUCCACACAAGCUGGAACUUCAGACUCUCAAACUGGAGGAGCUGACGGUCUCAGAGCUCCGGCAGCAGCUGCGCCUGCGGGGCCUCCCGGUGUCUGGGACCAAGUCGAUGCUCCUGGAGCGCAUGCGCGGCGGCGCCCCGCCCCGCGAGCGGCCGAAGCCGCGGCGCGAGGACGGUCCGGCGGGUGCUCCCUGGCCUCGCUUCAGGCGCAAGGCUUUGGGAGCCGCUGGGAGGCCGGGCUCGUUCAAGCCGAGUCCAACAUCUCACUCGCUGCCCCCUCCACGUGCCGCGGAAACCCUUGUGACGGCUCUGGCUCCUGCUCCGGCUCCGGCUGCAUCGACGGCUCAGGCUCCAGCUCCAGUGCCGAUCCCUUCCUCAGCACCAGCCUCGACAGCCCUGACACUGGAGGAGGAGCUGCAGGAAGCGAUCCGCAGAGCGCAGUUGCUUCCGAACCGGGGCAUCAGUGACAUCCUGGAGGAUCAGGUGGAGCCUGAGGACAUGCUGCCCCCCAUCCCCCUGGACUUCCCCGGCUCCUUCGACUUGCUGUCCCCCUCCCCGGACUCUGAAGGCCUCUCAUCUGUCUUCUCUUCCUCGCUCCCAUCCCCCACGAACUCCCCGUCCCCCUCUCCCAGGGGCCCCACCGACUCCUUGGAUUGGCUGGAGGCUCUGAGUGGGGGUCCCCCACUGGGCUGUGGCCCCCCAGCCCCCAGCAUUUUCUCUGCUGACUUAUCUGAUUCCAGUGGCACCAGGCUGUGGGACCUGCUGGAGGAUCCAUGGUGAUGGAUUUGGGGUUUCCAGGGACUGUGAACUGGGGGGGGAUGGAGAGGCCACAGAGACAGACUCCCUGAGGGAGGGGUUGGAACAACCAGCAGAGUCCCUCCCACCACAGCCACAAAAUCAGAGACAACUCUCAUCCCCACCUGGCCCCUGCACUGCUGCUGACAUGCCCACCUCCUGACUUCUGCCUGACCUCCAUAUGAUCCCCUCCAUGGUUGUGUGGUUGGGGGCAAAGAGGUUUCAUUUGCUGCUGACCAGGGCAAAACAAGCUGCUUGCUGCUUC